GCCAUGGCCACUCAGGCCAACCAGGACUAUUUUCGCUCGGUCAGCAGCGAGUCCACUACCUACAUGAUGGUCCCGGCCAACGGGCGCAAAGAGUCCCCGACCAAACUGUGGCUCGCCAUGGUGGUGAUCGUGGUGGUGGUGCUGCAGGUCGCCUCCACAACCGGACUCUUCCUGUACUUAAACAUGUCCCUGUCCCAGGUGAAAUACCAAGGGGUGACAGAGGAGCUGCGAUGUCUGGGACUGCUAAAUGCUUUGGAUAAAAACAGGGAUAUUCCCGAAGACCUUGCCCAGCUGUUUGGAGAGCCCUGCAUUAAACUGGCUGAAGGAAUCAAGGCCUACAUCUCAAAGGUCACAGAGAACAUCAUCUCCAGACAGGCGUUUCAGGAAGCGAGAACCAUGCCUCACAGUUAUAACACGACAGGGUCGAAGUUUGUCACACAGAGGCCUUCAGCGCACCUCACACUUAACAGUUUACAAGGUGCCACUACUCAGUAUCCGAAUCCCCAGCCGGACCUGCAUCAGUCGUGUCGUCACCCCGUCCGCACCUGGGCCAAUCAGAGCUUCGGUGCCCACCUGCAUAACAUGACGCUGUCCAACGGGCGCCUGCGCGUGCCCCAGGAUGGCCGCUACUACCUGUACUCACAGGUCUACUUCCGCUACCCAUCGCCCAGUGAAGCCGAGCAGCGUGGUGCCAGCCACCAGCUGGUGCAGUGCGUCUACAAAAAGACCUCGUACCUCAGGCCCAUCCAGCUGCUGAAGGGUGUAGGAACCAAGUGCUGGGCUCCCGACGCUGAGUACGCACUACACUCAGUGUACCAGGGCGGCCUGUUUGAGCUGCGGGCCGGCGACGAAGUGUUCGUGUCCGUGUCCUCGCCAUCGAUGGUGUAUGGCGAGGACUCCUCCAGCUACUUCGGAGCUUUCCGGCUGGACCUGUAAGGGAAAAUCGCAGAGGCUGCGACGAGACUACAUUACCCACAAAGCACUGGGAGGAUUUAUUUUCUCAAGCUGUGUGGCCCACAGAGACAGAUCAGACUUUACGUCGUUUAUUUUCUUUUUUUUGUUGUUUUUAGAUCGAGAUUUUUUAUAUGUGAAGGAAGUGGUCAGAUGUUCAGACACUUUUUAAGGCGGAAGAAUGUAUAUGAAUCUGUGUAUAUUUUUAAACCACAACUAAAAGGACGGGAUUGUAAGAAAUUUGCAAGGCUUUAUCUGUGCCAAUCAAACAUGUCUGAUGUUUGAGGAAACAAAAACAAAACUUUUAAACUCAACCCACAGGUUAGGGUACGUCCGAUAACAUGGAUUUCUUUUUUAAAAAUAGAGAUGGACGCAUGCCAGCAGGAGGAAUGCAUUUACAAGAAAAGAAGAGAAGAAAGAGAGAAGAUAGGCAUGCACUAUAGAAGCAGGAAUUCUCCCCAGCCAGUUCAACCAGUGGAGCAACACACGAUCAGAGAUACAGCUCUAUAAACACAUCCCACCAACUGAGAUGCACCUGGACUUACACAAUGCAAAACGCGCUUCCAAACAGCCCACUAGAGCAGUGAUGUGGUGCAUGGUGGGAUAUCUGGCUCCUUUCAUUAAGUACUCAGACUUAUAAAUCAAAAUGCACCAACGUGUUUACUUUCAAACUCGCACAAAUCACACACUCCCACUCGAGUCCUACUUUCUUAAAAGCAGACGCGCCUCGUUCAGCCCGUACACACGCCCUCGUGCAACUUCAGCUCGGACAUCUCUGAUAAAAACAAAGCGGUCACGUGGUCAAAGCCGUAGGAAAGGUUAAACAAACAGGGUGUCGCACUGUUUAAAUGUCACGCCCGAGUUCCUUUCAUGUUUUGUUUUGUUUUCGCAAAGGCAACAUGUUUUGAAAUUUGUUCUCUCUGUGCAUCGGCCUGAUGUUUGUGCUGUAUAUAUUUACAGUAUAGCCGUACAUAAUUCUUUAUUAUAGCAUUAUUAAAGUGUGCGUCCAGCCGGGAUUUUGUUAGGAGUGGGCCAAAGUGUGUGUAUGUGAAGGCAGCAGUCAGUACAAGGUCAUGCAGUGGUUUCCAGGGUCCAGUUGUGGGCAUUCACAUCAUGAGAUGAGGUGUGGCUUACCAGGAUAUGUCCAUUAAAGUGUAUUUAUUUAAUUAACACAUUUGUUAAUAAUUAGCAGAAUCAAACAAAUGUAUGUAUCAAUGUUUUAUUCUAAUCAGGGUUGCGGUGGCAGACCAUCAGAAUUGAAACAAAAACUAACAGCAUUACAGCAUUUGGGUGGCACAGCAGUGUAAUGCGCCAACCCACCCCUGCAGAGAACAGGGUUAGAGUCUUAACACAGAUUGAAAAGACGGAUUGGGCAAUGCCGACUGCCUGGUUUGAGGAGCCGGCAUGGAUGCCGAGGAAUCCAUGGAUAACAGCGUGUUCCUGUGUGUCUGUUAAAGUUCUAUAUAGGUAUCCGCCCCUGUUUGGUGGGAAAAAAGGGGAGAUAUGUCCUAGCCUGAUGCCCUCCUUGGCCAGCAUGGGUGUUGUGCAAGCUACAGGAGUCGCAAGUGCAAUGGGGGAUUAAAUAUAUUUAAAUUGAAAAAAUUAAGAAACAACAAAGACUACAAACAUAGCUAAUCUUAGAUAACAUGACAUACUCGCCGUUCCAUUUAGUUCAACCACUGACAGACAUGUAAGUAAAGGCUGAGCAGGCCAUGUUUUAUCUUAUAUGGGGAACAUCUCCAGAUUGCUGUUCUAUUCCUCUACUAAAGUAACAUGUAAGGCAGAUUUUGCUUGAACAUUGGCUACAUUACCACUAUUGUAAAUGCUAGGAGUGUAUUGACACACACUUAAUGAUUUGAUAUGCAUCAUUGUUGUUGUUUUCUGUUUUUGCAUUUAUGUUCGGACUGCAGUACAAAUCUGGUAACUGUGUCGUCUCUACUCACAAUAAAUCACAAAUCAAAGGUUUUUAUGAUUUAAACGACUGGCUCGGCUUAAAUCACAAUCGGAUAUUGUGCAAGCGGAGGGAAAUUGCAAAAGAGAACAAUAAGCUGCUUGCUCAACACCAACAUCCCAGCCAACAUUAUUAUAUGAUGGACGAGAGAUCAGGGGUGCGGCAGCAACCUUUCAAUAGACCUCACUCGUUGGACCUCACUGUAAAAUACCUUUCUUUCCUGCUUACUGGAUUCCAGCCUGGACUCGUUGAUAAUGCCACUACUUUGAUAAUGCCCUCAAGCCAAGGACUGCUAAUACAUAAUCCACAUGGGACUGAAACACACAGCCUGAGCACUUUGUUUUCCUCUAGGUUUGGCUACAAGCCACAAUACAUAUUACAAAUCAUUGUCUACAUCUGGCUCAACUUAUUUGAGGACCUUAUGCAUCAGUGCAACAGGUAUUGUGAAGUACACAGUGUGUAUGUGGAAUAUCAGUCAUCACAGAGGCCUGUUCCGAAGUGCCUUACAGUGCUAUGUUGAUUUAAAUGUGCUAGCCUGCAAUGCUGUCCAAGUAGCAUAACUUUUUUGUCAGCAGGUUGCAAAUGACUUGGAAAGGAUUGA